CACAGCCCCUCCAGCCACGGCCUGGCGCUGCCGGCUGUUGGCGACGGCGGUCGCCGUUGUAGCCUCGUCUAAGCGGGUCCGCUCUGCCGUCUCCAUGGAGCAGAGGCUGGCCGAGUUCCGAGCUUCCCGCCGCGCCACUGGUGACAAGCCUCGUCCCGCAAACCCUUCAGGAAAGGCGGCGGAGGCGGCAACUACGGCUACGCAGGCGCAGGCCCCGUCGUCGCCUGAGGAAUCCAGAAGAGAAAGACCCAACAGCCAGGCUGUUACAUCCUCUCUGCCAUGGUGGACCCAUUACCUGCUCUUGAAUGUGACCUUUCUCAAGUUUCUUCUGUGGCUGGUCUUACUGGGACUCUUUGUGGAACUGGAAUUUGGUUUGCCGUAUUUUGUCCUUUCUAUGUUUUACUGGAUUUAUGUAGGAACACGUGGCCCUGAAGAAAGACAGACGGGAGAAAAAAGUGCUUAUUCUGUCUUUAAUCCAGGCUGCGAAGCUAUCGAUGGAACUCUUACAGCUGAACAGUUUGAGAGAGAAUUACAGUAUCGGCCCUUAGCUGAAAGAAAUCCAUGGUCAAGAGCAGAUUCAAGGUCACUGUACAGAGACGGUAGAAUCACAGUGAGCGGGUUGCUGGUGAGCACCAUAUGUAGCAGUCUUCACCACAAAUUAUGAAGCAACAACUUGAAGUCAGCUAACCUUAUGAACCCCUCUGUGCCCUGACCCUGGAAGAGGUGCACUGUGGAAGUGGGCACGCUUUCACUCGACCCGUUGCUGCCCGAGUUGGGCUUCUUGCUGGUGUUGGCACUGAGCCACCAGGUCUACUUCUGGAGGGAGCGCUGGCCUCCACUGGCCCUCCUCUUUCAUCAUCCCCUCCUAUGGGCUGUAACUCCCUAUCAUUUCCAUGGUCAGUAUUAUCUGUAUCCCUGUCUGCUCUUGGACUAAUCUCUUCUAUUGCCUUCCCCAGCUGAGUCCCAGGACCUAGAACCACCACUUACGGCUGCACAGUCUUACAAGCAGUUUCAUUUUCCAAAUCUAAAACAUUAAAAAUAGCAUAGUCAGCCUUCCACAAGCACACUGGAGGUUUGACAGUACAUAUGCAUGCACAACAAGACCUUAACAGAUUUUUUGCUUUUGUAGAGGAAUGUCAAAUUUUCCUCCCAUAUUGUUACCCUAGAGGAAAAUUCCUAAGCAAUUAAACAGUCUAUCAAGCUUGUCCUGGUGUCUUUACUCACAGAAGAUGACUGUCCAAUUCCAGAGUGUAAACACCCAGAGACUUUUGGCUGUGGGGUGGUACAUAGGUGAUGAUGAUGAUAAAUAUCCUUCACUUAUUGUAGAAUCCUGUAAGUAAAUUCCACUGUAUUCAAUGAGGAUUACCUCUGGACCAUAAGUUUAGAAUAUUGUUGUUUUAUCUAGAAAAACAAGUCAUGAAUCCUAUUAGUUUAUUGAACAGGAGCAUCUAAGGUUUAGGUAUUCAUUUGUGCAGAAGUAGGAUAAAUUUGCCAUGUAAUGUGACUGACUGGAUCUGCAUGUUAAACUUAGGCUGUGUUGCACAUCACUGCUUUUAGAAGUUAUGCAUAUACAGGCAUAGAUAGGUUUUAUGUUGUUAUCCCAAAGUCUGCCUACUCUGUUUUCAAUAUCAUCUUUGAUUAAAAACUGCACAAAUAAUUAUUCAUUGAUCACAAUAAUGUAUGCCUAUAAACAUUUGGGAUUAGAUCCAGAAUAAUUCCUUCAGUGGAAGAAUACUGCUGAUGGAAUGGAACUUCUGUAUCCUAGAAGGAGAGGGCAUGGAAGUCCUAUUCUGCUAGAGGUAUCCUAAUGGCAGAAGGAAAUUCCAGAUCCAAAUCUUUUGUACUAUUUCCUACAAUGAGGAUGGUUACUGGAAUAAGAUUUACACAGUAUAAUUGGCAGAAAUUAUGCACAUGUAAUUUUUAAGCAUAGGGAAAGUGGCUUGGAGCAACUGAAACUGGCUAUAUGAUGGGCCCCAUCCACAGUUUAAUAGUUUAAGGCUGCUAGUCCCCUACAUACCUGGAAUUAGGCCACAUUGAACUCAGUGGGUACUACUUCUCAGUAAGCAUGUAUAGAUCAAACUGUGAAUCUGUGGCAGUCAUAGUUACAGUGCUUGGCGUUUAGGAGUCUUGUCAAGGAUGAUCAGAACCAAUUGGUUCUGCUUCUGACACUGUAGCUUCCACUUCAGGUUUCUUAUUUUGAAUUCCACUGAACCUUCUAUAUCCAUUUGAGAUCACUCAGGUUAUGCUGUCAUACAGGAAUAUAGUGGCUCUAGUAGCCUUUAGCAUCUGCUUUUGUUGUAGAUCACACUAGGCACAGGCCAAAAUUUUUUGUGCUACUGUGAUACGUAACAUAGCAUUGCAAUAUCAGAGGAGGAUUUAACAAAUGCCCAGCAUGGCUUACAUUAGGAAAGGUUUACCUCAUGUUGUAGGGUACAUGUGGUAUAGAGAAAUUUAUUGCACCAGUAAGAUAAAGUGCUCAAUGUACAAACACAUGCCACAUAAAACACAGAGGUUUUCUGGAGCUACAGCAGAAUCUGUCAAAUUAUGGUAAACCUAGCUUCUAGUCCAGAGCUGCUACAAGCCAGCUCAAGUCUAUUGCCAAAUUCUGCUUUGAGAAUAAUUCAGGAGUACAUCUAUUUCCUGUCACUUUAUCAGAAAGAUUUUUAAAGCAACUUUAUUAUGCAAGUUUGAUAGAUAAAAUGCUUUUCAAAUCAGCAACAGCUUAAAAUGUAAGUUCUGAUAAACAAAUUUUCUUAAUAUGCUAGUGAAUAUUCUAGGAAUGACUGGCACCUUGAA